UCAUGCGUAGCCAUCAAUCGCGAAGGCAAAACUAUCACGAAGGAGGCACGAAGCCUCAUAAUGGAACAUGGAGCUGAUGCAUACCCUUUCACUAAAGAGUCAAUGAUGCAACUCAAGGCUGAGAUGGAGGAAAAAGCGAAGCUUUGGCCGGCGAAGAUAAGACAUGAAGAGCACAGUCACGUGCUUUGGAAGAGUAAGAGAGAAUACAUUUGUGAUUCUUGUGGGAAGAGAGGGCGACAUUGGUCGUUCUAUUGCAAGCAGUGUGACUUUGAUCUCCAUCCUGAUUGUGCUUUGGAUGCCAGACAUGAGGUGGUGGAUAGUGAGGAGGAGGAGGAGGAGGAGGCUGAAUGGCCCAAGAGGAUUAAGCACAUGUUGCACAAACAUGUGCUUGUAAAAGCUUGGAGGCAUUAUCAGUGUGAUGCUUGUGGGGUCAUUAAGCAAGGAUGGUCCUAUUUCUGCGAGGUGUGCGACUUCGAUCUCCACCCUAUGUGUGCUUUGGGAGAUCAGGCCACGAUCAAAGUAAUUGAUGACAGUGAUGAUGAGUUUGAUACGUCUGAUGAUGAUGAUGAAGAUGAAAAUGAAGAUGAAGAUGAUAUUCAUAAUCAUGGGAACUUCAAUGAAAACAGGAUAAGAAAUAGUGAUGAUGAGCAUCUUGUGAAAGUCGAGGAUGAAGAUGAGUCUCUUCAUAGUGAUUUUAAACAAGAAUUAAAAUUAGGGGAUGAUAAGGAUGGUGAUGAGGAGAAAGAAGAGAAGAAGAGUAAGAAAGAAAAUCAUGAGGAUGUUAAAGUUGAAGAUGAUGAUGAGAAUGAUGGAGAGGAUGAUAGUGAGGAGGAGGAGGAGGAUGAGGAUGGCCCGGGCAUGCGAGGGUAUAUUUGUAAUACAAUGGAUAGAGAGGGCUCUGAGUCAUUCCAAGAAUCUCUCUUUACUUGUAGAUUAUACAAGUAGUCAAAUUUAUGCAGUUGAUGUGAGAUUAUAAAUGGUUUGAUGCUUUCAGAAUUUUUAUGUGUUUCAGUAGCUGUGUAAUUAAGUCUUCCUAUUUGUAAUUUAUGUAUUUUGUAGUUAAAUUUGCACUAUGAUUUAAUUUGAACUUUUUAUGUAGUAUUUAUUUCUUGUUUUUUGCAUAAAUGGGAUGAGGGAGCCAACUCCUUAAGAAGAGCAGGAAAAAUUUGCUGAGAGGAGUUUUUAUUAUAUUUGAUGGUUCCAUUUAUCAUAUUUUUCUCA